AAACUCAGAGAAAGCUCUUUGUUGGCCCACCGGAAUCUAAACAUCAUGGCGGCGCCCGGAGAAGUUCGGGGCUAACACUGCUUUGGACGGUACCCUCUUAUUCUGAAGCUAAAAUAAAAGGAAGGAUGGACGCCACCGGGGAGGAAGAACCGGAUCCUAUUAGACUGAAGUCUGUUAAGAACAAUAAGACCUUCACAGUGCCUCAAAAUGAUAGGGUAAGAGAAAGAUUCGGGUCUGUGAGGGGGUCCUAAAACAUCAACAGCAUAAUUAACAUGAUGUUUACUUCAAAUCAGCAAAUAACUCUCACAAACAUAUGGGAUAUAUUUGACAAAGGCAAAUUUUACACAUGAAAGGUGGUUUCAUUCACUCAUGUUAAGUGGGAUUUAUAUGUUCUGGUUCUGAGAAUUGUUCACACUUUUACUUCCACUGCUUUUUUAUUACAGCAUCUCACUACAUUUUACAUGGCAAACAAAAUAACAUUAAAGCUCCUCAUCAGCUGGCAGACAGUCUCAGCUGAUCAUAAUAUCUACAGUAGCUACACAGUAGAAAAAAACACUCGAAUUUAACACAGUUCCAGCCAGACCAUCUCACUACCUAAUUUUCAGCUCCAUGUAUAUGACAGGCCAAAUAAAGAUACUUUGAGUCAAAAACUUCCUGAAAAUACAGGAUUGAUUCAAAUAAAUUGUCUGGAAAUUUGUAUUUGUAGCCAUUUUUACUUAUUACAAUCAAUUAACCUCAAAUUUGUGGUGUGUAAUAACAAGUGUGUCUGCGCAACCAUGAUUUGACCAUCUACAAGAACAAUCCCAACAAGAGAUGAAAUGUUCAGCAACUUCAUUUUGGACAAUUAUGAAGCAAAACCACUUUAAUUAGCUUUGGUUAAUAAGCUUUCACAUGAUUGAAGAGCAUAUCUUACUGCCUCAGUUCCACUACCAUGAUCUAAAGUACAUUUUAGAUACUGUACUUCUUAAGUAAAAUGUACUUUACAGGAUACCCAGGAGAUUACUAUGACAGCAAGAAAAAGCAUAAUGACAUAUUUACAGCUAAAGUCAUCAUUAUAGUCACAUUAAGUCUCGACAGCAGUUGCCAGUGUUCAUUGAUAAAAAAAAAAAAAAAAACGUUUUUUGCUCUCUGUUUAAAGAAGAUUGCCAUCAGAUCUUAGAGAGUCCUAAGUCUACUUUUGUUAGCUGAGCUCAUGAGGUAACUUUGUGUUACACCUGUGUUAUGAGGUGAAGUUAGUCAUUGUCUGCAUUAGCUGCUAAUCUUAUUACUGGCCUCUAGCAACAUGUAAACAUGCAUGAUAGGCAUCCAACGAUCCUCUAUUAAGUAAUUCCUAGAAAAAUCCUUGCUACCCUUAUUUACCUUCACUAUUUCUUUUUUUUAGGGCUUAAGAAGCUAUUUUGAGUCGACUCAGAUUGUUUUGGCUUUCAUUUGUUUUUCCAUUUUGAUAAUAGUUAAAACCCACACAGGCAGUUCUUCUUCGUGAUGGUUAAGUUUUGACUAUCACUAAUGAACAGAUGGAUUUCUUUUUGAGUGUUAUAUCAGCCUCAAUUUAAACUUUAAAGUUUGGUGUAACAUUUAUUCUUGAAGUUUCACUCCAGACACUGAUUAACCAAAAUGUGCCAAUAGUGUAAGGAGAACCUGCUACCUUUCUUUUUCAGUUUGGAAGCUGCAGGAGCGUGAGAGAGUUUGAAAAACUCAACCGUAUAGGAGAAGGAACUUAUGGCAUUGUGUGUAAGUUAUUCGUGUUUAAGACUUCACAUUGUUCUCGUUUAAAAUACAAAAUGUUAUAUUGCAUUCAGAGUUGAGAAACAACUGUUUUCUGGCCCUGUCAUAGACCGAGCCCGAGACACCAAGUCGGAUGAGAUUGUAGCUUUGAAGAAAGUCCGGAUGGACAAGGAGAAGGAUGGUAAGAUCUCUCCUUGAGUGUGUGUAUUUUCAGUGAAGUUUUUCUUAGUUUUUUAUGUGUUUUGUAUGUAUGGGACAUCAGUGGUCUUGACAAUGUCAAACUCUUGAUGGAAAUGUCUUUUUCUUUACUUUUUAGUGCUUCUGUACUCAGUUUGUUAACACCUAGAAAUUAAGUUACUCCAGCAUCAAUUCUGUAACGAGAGAGACAAAAAAAACGCAGAUUGAACAGUCAUACGAGUCAACAGUUUUUCAGAAAUCAGUAACAUAGCAACAGUCAAAGAGUGGCAGUGGUGUUUGCGAUUACACUUUGGUCAGUCACCUGUAAUGAUCUGUUACUGAACCUUCCCCACUGUCUUUCCUUCAGGGAUCCCCAUCAGCAGCCUCAGAGAGAUCAACCUGCUGCUCAGGCUCAGACAUCCAAACAUAGUGGAGUUGAAAGAGGUGGUUGUUGGCAGCCAAUUGCAGAGGUAAUACACACACACACACACACACACACACACACACACACACACACACACACACACACACACACACACACACAGAGGUCCUCUAUAGUUAUCUGAGGAUGUUAUCAGCAUGAAUUACACAAAAAUGGACAGUAGAUGUUCAAUAAUCUCAGUUUUUAACCGUGGUUUAGUUGUGGUUCUGAAAAAUACCCUGCUGUUGACAAGGCCAUGACUUGGACUAAGCCGUCUUUUGUAGAUUUUAUCCUUUGAAUGUGUAAAUCUCAUUCCUUUUCAUGUAUACACGUCAUUGUAUCACUCUUUCUAUAUAUCUGUAGAGGAAAACGUAAAAAAAAUCUUCUAUGGCAGCGUGUGGUUUGUGCUGCCAUCUACCCCACGGCAGCAGUGGGCAUUAAAAAUAACUGAAGAGGAAUAAUCAGUGUUGUCUGUUGGUGUAACUUGCUUUUGUUUGUAGACUUUACAAUUUCAGUUUGUUGCACACCCAGUAAGAAACUCCUCACAGUAGCUUUAAGUAAUCCCAGUUACAAAAAAACCACAUCACUUCAGUCCGCUCGGUCAAAGAGAAAAACAAGUAGUUUGAUUUCUUAAUCUGGGGUUUGAGUAACUAGCAGGUUCAUAAACAGUUUGGUUCAGCAAGAAGCCAACACAACUAAUUCUUGGAUUAGUAAACCCUCGCUGUGAAUCUGUUAAAGUGCUUGUUUUACUGUUGACAGACUCAGGCUAAUCGACCCAGUGUCUCAUAACACUAGAACAAAGAUCAGCAAGCAGCAAUGAACGUCUUGUUAAAAUACUGUAAUCCUAAGUAUGAAGGUUGUGACCCUUAUCCCAUCCUUUACGAGUGAGUAGAAGCCAGUUUUCAAUCACUGUACUUUACUUUUUCUUUCAUGGAGGAUGACUAACACUCACAAUGAUCACACACCAACCAAACCAAAUCCAAACUUGGAGCUUGAAUCAAGUCUGUCUCAAGGACAAACAACAAACUCUUUCUUAGACGGAGAGAAUUUAAAAAAAGACCACACUUGAAUACAAAAGUUGAUCUCAGAUAGGAUCUCUCAGUCAUGUAGAUCUAAUACAAGUUAUAUAAAUGGAGCCCAGGUGUAGCAAUACUAAAACUCCUUUUUAACACUUGUUAACUCUGGUAUUCUCUUUUCUUUUGUGUGUCUCCUCUUCAGUCUGUUCCUGGUGAUGAGUUACUGUGAACAGGACUUGGCCAGUCUGCUGGAGAACAUGCAGACACCGUUCUCUGAGGCUCAGGUAGGACAAAGCAAAAUUCCCAAAUCUAACGUUUCCCUCAAAGUCCAAUCAAUGAAUUUACCAGAUAACAGGGAAUUUGUUUCAUGGGUAGGAUUUUCUGAGUGACCUUAAACUGAUAUUUGGAACCAGUGCACAUUUAUGUAGAGAUUAGUAUUUUUGGGGGGGGGGGUCAAAAUGUGUAAUUUGUAACAUUAAAAACUACAACACAAAACCUAAAUUGGAUGCCUUUAGCAAAUGUUUAAUCAGAACUGAAACUUUCAACAUCAAAUGGAGGAGGCUCCCAAGUUUCAAGUACCACCGAUUCUGACAAAGGCACUGGUGUGAUGUUCAAGUUAAUCAGAUUAUGUUGUGUGCAGGAUAUUAGGUGAGCCAGAGUGGUGAGCGAAAAGAGAUCCAAACUAAAUGACAUGCUGCAGCUGUGCGAAAGUAGCACACUCUUUAAUUAGUUUAAAAUCUGCAAGUAAAAUAACAUGCCCCAAAGAUGAACAGCUAAAACACCAGUAGCUCCAUAAUUGGUCGACCCUUGUUCCAAUACCCAAAUUUAACAUUACAGCCAAACACAGGUCACCAAAACAACUCUAGAUGACUUGCAGGCUCCAUUCUAAGUGAAAACACAUUAAUGAAUAUGUGUUAUACAAAGCAGCUGGUCUGUUUUAUAGUAACACUGUAGACUUAUCCUAAGUAGCAGUGCACAAGUAAGUGUAUUUUGAAUUUUGAGGAAUUUUUUGAGCUUUUUGUGCCUUCAGCCAUUUAAAUACAGUAAAUGUUUUCUUUUAUCUGUAAAAUCUGUCAGAUUAAAUGAUUUGAGGAGGAACAAAAACUUUUUGGAUAACUCCUCACAUCAGUGUUCCACACUAAAGCUGUGAUUUCAGAUAAAGACAUCACUUCCAUAAUGACUGUGGGAGCCUGCAGCAAAUAAAAACUGAGCAGUUCUUUUAUUAAGUUUUCCAAAGUAUUGAAUCAUGAAAGCUUCCCUCUCACGAGGUGAACCACCAAUUUAACAUUUUUUUUUAUCUGUGACAUAUUUUCUUCUUUCUCUUCUCUGUAUUAUCCUUUCCUCAGGUGAAGUGUAUUGUUCUCCAGCUGCUCAGAGGUCUGCAGUAUCUACACCAUAACUUCAUUAUUCACAGGUAAGUCCCAAACACUUAAAAAGUCAGAUGUGUAAAAGUACAACUUUUUCAAUAACAUUUGAAUUUCAAACAACAAAAGUAAAACACUUUCACUACAAAAACUUUCACUGACUAGAGCAGAUCUGAAAGUUUAUUGCACUAUCCCAACUUCUAUCUACAGUCCAGCGUUUCUUAUGGACAACAACUUGAGAAUAAUACAAGAAGGUGCUAAAAAUCUGAUUUUUCUCUCUAGAGAAAAGAAAGAAAUAGGUUGUAUGACAUAAACAAAUAAAUAAAUAAUUGAUAAAUCUAAAAUCAAAUUUCUGAUCAGGCUGAAAGGAUGAAACGUACAUCUGACUAAAGGUUUUGGAUCUAUGUCAGAAAAGAUCCUCACACCUUAAAAAAAACAACUUUAUUUCCACCAUAAACUGAGAAACGUGAUACUGUGGGCAUUCCUUCAGCUUAGUUACAGUGAACCUCAGGCCUUAGUGACAGGAUGAGGCAUUUGUUUUUAGAGUCAGGCUUCUCUAGAAGUUAAAAAAAAAAAAACUGAGAGUCCACUCAGCUGUCCUUCGAAUCAAAGUUUCAGACCAGAGCCAAAGUCUGAAAAUGACAAAGAAGAGAUUCACAGCCGGUGGAUACAGGUAGUUUAUCUCUGAUGACAUGAGCUCCAUGCAAAGGAGACCUGCAAGAGUGACAGACACACAAGCAUGUGGAUUUAAUCAGCUUAAACAUUGAAUCCAAUAAAAUGUCCGGGCACAUCUUCUUCCUGUUGGCGAGCUGUCAUGGCAGAUAUUGAAUCUUUCUCUCAUGAAUGGCUGAAAAAAUAAGAAGUGCGUUAGAAAAAGUAGGAAGCACAUCACUCACUUUAUCUUUUGUAUCUCUGGUUGUUUUCAGCUCCUCCUGUCCUCUUUUUAUCUUCCUCUUCCUACUUCACAUCAUUACGCCAGGCAGUUAGAUUAGAUAAGCAGACUGAUCUGGUUUUCAAAGCUACCCUUGCAUCCAGUGCUGAGUUACAAAAGCAAUUAAUUAAGCUAAUGAGGUAAAUUCAGAGUUCAGAGGAAGGCGCAGGUCCUUAGUUUCUCCAUUGGAAAAAAAGAGUUCUGAAGGUUAAAGAGUUAAUCAACGUUUAAUAAAUCAGGAAGCUGUCAAUUUAAAUCAUGAAAGGUGGUAUCUAGUCAGUUUUAAAAUGGUUAAAAAUAAAUCAAGAAUAUUUGCUGAAUAAAUGUGGUUUAGGUCUAACAAAGAAGAUCAACUUCUUUUUGUUUUAUUUUAUUGUUUGUUUUUAAAUCUUUUAAUGGAUCAAAGUACAUCUCUGACCUCUUAAAUGUUUAUACCCCCACACGUUCCUUGAGGUCUGCUGAUCAGCUCCAACUCAUUCCUAAAACCCGUAUAAAAACCUGAGGUGAUCGAGUUUCUUCGGCUGUGGCUCGCAAAUUAUGAAUUGAAUUGAAAGUCUUAAAACUCGUUUUUAUUCCUUGGAUUUUAGUUCACAAUGAGAGUUGUGUGACCUCUGUCCUUGUAUGUCUUUUAUUAUCCUAAUCCCUGUGUUUUUUAUCGCUUCUAUUUCUUUUCUGUUUUUAUGUUUUUAUUUCAUUUAUUUUAAUUCAUUUUAAAUGUUCUUUUACCUGCUUUUAUGUCUUUCCUUCUAAUGUUUUUACUUCUGCAGUGUUUGUUCUUGUGCAGCACUUUAAUGUUUUUAAUAUGUGCUAUAUAAAUAAAGUGGAUUGGAUUGGACUGUUUCUGUCAUGUGAGUCAGGAGGCCCCUGAAAGUGAAAAUAAGUUUGAAUGACACCAUGUGAUCAGCUUUUAUCUACAUUGUCUUUUAAGGGGAGAUUUGGGAGUGUGAGCAUUAAACAUAAAGUAUGAUGUGCGCUUUCAGGGGCUGCGAGCCAAGCUGCCACUAACUAUAACUCUAUUAUUUACUGAGGUUGUUUUUUUUGUUUAAACAGAAACACAAAAGUGGUUGUGUUUUAUAAUAUCACUUAAAACAUUAAAAAAUAAGUCAUCUUCAAGUUGUUUCCUGGCUGACAGUAGGCCUGCCUGCAUGAAAAACUUUGAUAAACACUUACAUGUGAGUAUGGGGUUGAUUUAGGCAGAUAUAAGAAUUUGAUACAACAUUAAAAAGAAAUCGAAACAAGUAAUGAAACUGAAUUUCUGAGUCAAACUCAGUCUAAAUCAAUAUUGUGUCAGAUAUCACAAACAAUGCAAGCCUCUAACAAUAUCCCACAGUGAGUUUUCCUUGUCAGCUACAGAGCAGCAGGGAACUAAAGGAUGUUCGGCUGUUUACCAGAUCAUCUUAUCUAAGCCUGUAUAAAUCUGGAUUGUAGAUAUUAAUGUGUAUAGAUUGAGUUAAAGCUAUUUUCACAAAUAGGUGAAAGGUGAAGGGGGGUGGGGGUUUAGACCUGGUUCACGAUCCUCUCCAAUCUUCUUACUAGGGACCUGAAGGUGUCUAAUCUGCUGAUGACAGACAAAGGCUGCGUAAAGAUUGGUGAGUCAUCAAUGUUACCAUAACCCCCUCCCUCUAAUCACUUUAUACCUGCACUGACAUACAUCCCUAACUCUGCAGCACUGACCUUUCACCUCUCUGACCUUAAUCUACAGUAGUAUUUUUCGAUGUAAUGACUUGGCUAUAACAUAAUUCAGGAUUGAAGCUUUUCACAGGUAUACUCUAAAAAACGCAGUGUAAUUUUUAUUAAUCUUGCUCUUGUUUCUGCUUGUAGCUGACUUUGGAUUGGCCAGAAUGUACGGCAUCCCCCAGCAGCCUAUGACGCCUCGAGUAGUCACACUGUGGUGAGUGUCUGGGUGAGUGUGUUGUACCCAGCAGAUCAUCAGUGUUUCACUUUAUUGAUUCUGCUUCAGUCUUAGCUGAUGAUCCCCUACCCUCCUUUCUCUGUUUAUCUGCAGGUACAGAGCUCCAGAGCUCCUCCUAGGGACCAAAACCCAGACUACAGCACUGGACAUGUGGUGAGGAAUAAGCUCGUAAUCUUACCAUGCAAAUGAACUUCAUGUGGUUUUAACAUCUAACUUUUUAUGAACAGGAAAAUGAUGAUUUACUUCACUGUAUUUGACACAUUUUAAGUGUAUUUCUGUUAUUUCAUAUGUCAGAACAUGAAACCAAAGAAAUAAAAGUUACAUUACAAAAACAUCAUUAACAAUGCUAAUAGAUAUUGUUUACCUAGCACUUAUUUUAUCAGUUUUACCAGGUGUGUCAUUUAUUAGUUGUAUGUUUAGUGAAGAAAGGAAGAAGAAAAGGGAGGCUGGUGGGCUGAACAAACUGGAUUUGUCAUGUUUCUUCUUUGCAGGGCUGUAGGCUGCAUCUUGGCAGAGCUGCUGGCUCACAAACCUCUGCUGCCGGGGACCUCUGAGAUCCAGCAGGUUGAUCUUAUCGUCCAGCUGCUGGGAACUCCAAAUGAAAACAUCUGGCCGGUGAGACUUAAGCUCAAGAGUUUCUGUAAAUUUGAUAAUGAAUGCCUGCAAGGCCUGAUGAUGUGACUGUGUGUGUGUCUGUUUGUGUGUCAGGGUUUCUCUCAGCUGCCCCUCAUUGGUCAGUACAGUCUGAGGAAGCAGCCGUACAACAACCUAAAGAAUAAAUUCACCUGGCUGUCUGACGCUGGACACAGACUGCUCAACCUGCUCUUCAUGUACAACCCGCAGCGAAGGUACUGACUCACACUCACAGAAUAUAGAGGUGUUAGGAGGAUUGUGGCUGAAGUCAUUUACAGACAGUUUGUCUGUAAAUGACUACAAUCUCAUUUUCACUCAAAACACCACGUCAAUGUAAAACAGUGGUUCUCAAGUCCAGUCCUCGAGGCCUCACACCUGAUUCAAAUGAUCAGCUCGUUAUCAAGCUCUGUAAUGGCUUGAUAACGAGCUAAUCAUUUGAAUCAGGUGUGUUGGAGCAGGGAAACAUCCUAAACAUGCAGGACAGGUGGCCUCGAGGACUGGACUUGAGAACCACUGAUGUAAAACAAAGCCAAGAGGGAAAAAAAACAUCACUGAAUAGCUGUGAUUUUCAAGCACUGCAUUGAAAACAGACAUGACUUUGAACUGAAAAUCACUGCAUGGGCUUAAAAUCGUUCUGAAAAAUAGUUUGUAACCACAGUUUAUUGCAGCAUCCAAGAAUGCAAGUUAAAAGUGUACCAUGCAAGAAAGAAGAGGUCAAAAGCCAGCAUUCAUGAGGCUGUGAAGUUGCGCAUUUCAUGUAUCAAAUUUAAAUUACCGCACACUUUAAAAGACUGGUUACUAAAAGGCAAUGAAUUUGCUAUUUUUUGAUCAAAUAUAUUCUAAAACAUAUCUGUCACUCAGCUUUACUGUCAGACAAAGAGAGUAAAAUCUGAAGCAGAUAAAACCGGCCCUCCAUUGAAUGAUUUUAUUUGAAUAACAGUUUUUUUUUUUGUGUGUGUGUUUCAGAGCUACUGCCAAAGACUGUUUAGAGAGUUCCUACUUCAAAGAGAAACCUCUACGUGAGUGAGCAGAUUUCAGAUCAGCAGAAAAAAACACUAAGACUGAUCAAUAAUCAGUCAUUAAUCUUGUUUCUCUGCUUCUCUCUUCAGCCUGUGAACCGGAGCUGAUGCCAACCUUCCCCCACCAUCGCAACAAGAGGGCCGCUGCUGCUGCUCCAGCAGAGAGCCACUCAAAGAGGAGCAAAGUGUGACGAGACACGACACACCGGACUCUAAACAACCUCUAAAGCUGGCGUUUUCAGGAGGGUGCGCCUGAAGGACAAACGCUGGUGUCUGUUUCCACUGCAGGCUUAUAACAGGAAUUAGCUCGGAGCAAAUGCAAACCUGUUGAACUCAGCUGAAGCCAACAAACUCGGAUUGGCACAGAUCGACACCCUGCUGGGCUGCCUGAACAGACCUCUGCAGUGAUCAGUAUGAUGCACCAGGGAUAAAGCGAUUGAUUAAAAGGCUGUAAUCACACAUUCUGUGAUGAGGAUCCAGUCAUUCUGGAAUCAAACCAGCUUGCUGGAGCUUUGUGAACCGCUACACUGUGCGUGUUUGAUGAACCUUGUGAGUCAAGAGAAAACAGGAUUGAAGCAGAACAACAUGUAUGCAGAAAAAACAGUCUUGCGGGCUUUCUUCUUCUCAGCUUGUCUAUGACCAGCUGUGUGCCUGGUCAAAGUGUCCUUCGGUAAAAUUCUGAACCCUCACUGUUUUUUUUGUUUUUUUUUUUACCUGUUUUUGUUGCUGGUUAAAGUAAUAGGUUGACUUUUAGGAAACAAAGCUCUUUGAUCAUCAUUUGAAACAACAUUAGGAAAUCUUCUCCGUAACAAACAGGCCUGCUAGAAUCGCUGAAUCAAGAUGCUCGUUUUUCAAGUUAAGAUUUCUUUCCUGCUCAUUAUCAUGGAUUUUCACAGAGGUUUUAAUUUCCCUAAAACAAUCAGACCCUGUGAUUACAGUGUAUAAAUAAACCUGAACAAUGUUACAUCCAAAUUCUUUCUCUUUAAGCCUCAUCUGCUGAGAACAGGCAUCAGGAGGGGCUGCAAGGCAAGCUGCUCUUAUCUCAAAUGUAAGGUCUUUUUAAAAGAGACCUACGAUACUUACUGUCACCGUUACUUAUAUCAGUUAGUUUAUUUUUGCACGACUUGCUAAGAAUCUGGAAAACAUGUCUGUGUUUCUUUUGUUUGGAAACUGCCCAGGUUUCGUGUGGACAUCAAAUUCGAAUAUGUAUCAGCAUGAUAGGUCAUUUUUAGGGUCAGGGUCCACUCAUCCUUUGUUCAUGAGGGUUUCACAAUUAUCUACAAAGGUUUUCCCCUGUCCAAACUCCAAAUCUAACAUGACCAACGUUCUCCUGAACCAAUUCAUUAAAACUUGUAACAACUCUAAAUGUUUCCUGUUAGGCCUGAACGAUAUAUCGUUUGACUAUCGUCAUCGCGAUGUACGUGUGUGCGAUAGUCACAUCGCAGAGCCUGCGAUAUUGGAGGUGAAUAAACUCAUUUAAUUUCAAGGGUAACCGACUGAGAUACACUCCAUGUGACUCUGCAUGUGCUGUGCAGCGAUCCACCAAUCGCCUUCGUCCUUAACUCAGUUGCCAAUCAGACUCACUUCUCAGUUGCCAAUCAGACUACCCUGCCAGCUGUCAAUCAAAAUCAGGGAGGAGAAAACCCACCCCUGCACAUGUUCUGCACAUGGAGGGAGACGCGUGUCCGCUGAGAAUUACUUUCGGAACUUUACUCAUGACUGUUAAGCUCAACAAAUAAGAACUGUAUGGGUUUUAAAUUGUACAUUUCCGUGGACCACUCUACUAUAAGCAGUGUGCGUUUUGCGAGGUGCAUGCAAUUCUCGGAGGACAUGCGUUUCUCGGCACAACACCGCUAACAACAACAACAACGAUCGCAAAAUGAACAACGAACAAGCGAAAACCACCGAAAAUGAAGAUUUGUUGCCAAAAAGAAAAGGAAAGUCAGUUAUCUGGAAUUAUUUCGGUUAAAAGAAGGAUGAUGUCGACCAAAACACGUCUUCUGUGUUCAUCUGUUGCCACAAUAACGUCCCAGCACAAUAAAAGCUAAAAAUAUCUCUGAGACAGACAGAAGCCGUUCUACUAACAUUCACAAAAAGAGGUAAGAUCAGAGCAGAUUAACCGUCCUCAAGAUUUCAGCAGUGCAGCAUAACAUUAAGUGCUAUUCAGGUCAUCAAGUGAAAAUACUGUAUUUUUAAUACCGCAAUAUAUAUCGCAGGGUUGAAAAAAUCGCAAUAUUAUUUUUUUCCAAUAUCGUGCAGCCUUAUUUCCUGUACAAAAGCAGUGGGUGUUUGGAGGGCUGCGAGCUGAGCUGUCAAUUACAUGAACUCUGUAGCGAAACGACAGAAUCCAGAAAAUUGAUCAAGUUGACUUGCCAAGAAUCUGGAAAACAGAUUCAGAGUCUGUGUUUCUCUUGUUUGGAAACUGCCCAGGUUUCGUGUGGACAUCAAACAGUGUAAUAUUGUAGGUGUGUAUUCGAAUAUGAAUCAGCAUGAUAGGUCUUUUUUUAGGGUCAGGGUCCACUCAUCCUUUGUUCAUGAGGGUUUUACAAUUAUCUGCAAAGGUUUUCCCCUGUCCAAACUCCAAAUCUAACAUGACCAACGUUCUCCUGAACCAAUUCAUUAAAACUUGUAACAACUCU